GCCGGAAUCGCCGCCAUUUUUGCGGCGAGUGCCAUCAAUUUUGAAGAAAGUUUGGCGUCUCUCUCGUGAUAAGUUUAGUUUUAGUUUGAAGGUAUUCUGUACUUUUACGUGAAAUAUGGAUGACGAAGAUGAAACAUAUAAAUUGUGGCGUAUCAGAAAAACCGUAAUGCAGCUGUGCCACGACAGAGGUUAUCUUGUCACGCAGGACGAGUUGGAUCAGACGUUGGAACUGUUUAAGGAACAAUUUGGAGAUAAGCCUAGCGAGAAAAGGCCGGCUAGGAGUGACCUUAUUGUUCUUGUGGCGCAUAAUGAUGAUCCUACGGAUCAGCUGUUCGUGUUCUUUCCGGACGAACCAAAAAUUGGCAUAAAAACCAUUAAAACAUAUUGCCAGCGGAUGCAAGAAGAAAAGAUACACAGAGCAAUAAUUGUCGUCCAGCAAGGCAUGACACCAUCUGCUAAGCAAUCGCUGGUAGAUAUGGCACCGAAAUAUAUACUGGAACAGUUUCUAGAAUCUGAAUUACUGAUAAACAUUACCGAACACGAAUUAGUACCCGAGCACAUUGUCUUAACUCCGGACGAGAAAGAGGAACUAUUGACAAGAUAUAAGCUAAAGGAAAAUCAACUGAUGCGAAUACAAGCUGGCGAUCCAGUAGCACGAUAUUUUGGUUUGAAACGUGGACAAGUUGUUAAAAUAAUCAGAUCGUCAGAAACCGCAGGAAGAUACAUAUCCUAUAGGUUGGUUUGUUGAGGAGGGAAAGGAAAAAAGAGUAAAGAAGAACAAAGACUAAAUCGCGAAAGUCUCAGACUAAAAAAAAAGAGAUAUUUAUUAAAAGGUAAAAAAAAUGCAGCUCGAAAUUUGACAUUUAUUGUGGCAGCAUUUUAUAAUGGUGCAUCGUUUUGCAUCUAGCAUUAUAAUAUCUGCAAUUAUACAUUAUUAUGCUAUGUAUGAAAUAAUCUGUCGCAUUGAGUGUUAAACAUUGUACAGUUAGCAGCAAUAAAUAAUUACAGUUCUCACACGUGGAUACACGUCUCUAAAAUGUGUUCUUACCUUUCCAAUAUUUUAAUGCACUAUUGGCAAUUACAUGCGUAAAAUAUUUCGUUUGCAAGGUUCAUUAGCUCACACUUAUAAUCAAUAUUAGGAUAUAGUUUUAAGUUUUAUUACAGAAACAACGAUCGGUACAAAAAAGACUGCGACUUCCAACAGUCGCUCGCGAUUAUCUGGCUUGGGUAGACAUUGUUUCAAGUUAUUAUUAUUAUUAUUAUUAUACAUUGCUUGGUCCAAAAGUAUCGUUCUAUAUACGGUACAUUCUGACGUAAAAGUAUAUCAGUAGCAGAAUUUCCUUUCUUUCAGUGUAUAGUGAUUUAAUUACUUCAUCAAUUAAUAAGUGACAGUCGAGUGAUUCAUCCAUUAAUAACACAUACACAUUUUUUCAAGUCUAAUUGCAUUUAUUCGUAGAAUACUUUUUUUAAUGACUUCUCUUAUUAUGAUAUACUGUUUUCUCCUCUUAUCCGUUUUCUUGCUUAUUAAUAAGAUUCAAUUUGCACGUGAAUUGAAUCAGAAGCGUAAUUAGCAGUCUAUUAACGCAAUUAAAUAAUCGUAUACUUCUUGAUCGAAGAAAUAUAAUAUUGCAAUCUGAAACAUGCUUAAACUCUGAUAACUUAAAGGAUAACUUUUGAAAAAGCCUUCCCCGAAUUCAAAUUCUACUACGUAAUUCCUAUUAAAUCUUAUUCAAAUCUAAUAUUUAAUCUUAGCGUUUUGAUCCUACUUAUAGAUGGGAGUCGAACAUCGUUUAUUAAAGCCGGCGGAAUGACAUCGAUUGUGAGAUGCAAAUUUCCGCUUUCAGAAUUUAUCGCGGUCGACUGAUAAAGCUAAAAGCGUACGAGCAGGAAGUUUCCCAGAUGGCAUAUUCGCUAGCGUAUAAUGAACAGGCAGAUCAACCAAUCAUUCGUUCUAUACUUGUUACAAUAAAUGAAAUCACAUGCUAUAUAAGCGGCAGCAGUCGGCUAGCAUAAAGACAGCUUGCUACUGGUAUAGCACGUUACUUCGUGAUCCAAAGGAAUAAUCAUUAUCGUUGGGCACAAGUAAACAAAGCACACGCGACCAUAAUUAAUAUAAUAUAUUGUUAUC